AAUAUGUAUAAUGUUAUUAACAGGAAUAGAUACUUGUUUUCUGUAAAUGUGUGUACGUGUGGCUGACUCAUGACGACUCCUAAGAUACCUUCUAGAAAUAAUCAUGCUGUAUGGGAAUUCUGCAACGGGACACUUCCCGGUUUGCUUCCUUUGCUUGCUUUGCAUUAUUUCUAUCCUAGUAGCGGCGCUAAGUACGCAUCCAAGAAUAUCGCCUAAGCAGCUUCGAGCGUGGAAGGAACCUUUGAAAAGGAUCGUAACGCUGUUCAAACCAUUGCAGGAAAGACUACGUCUUGUUAGCUCGUAAGAGGAUAUCACACGUCUGACACACGGCGACAUUAAGCGAGUUUUUUCUCUCUUGAGAUCGCGAUAUGUAUGUAGGAUGUUCUAUGAGAUAGGGAUUGAUUCUUCGCGGAAAAACAAGUCGAUAAUGUAGAGUGUACAUCUCUAAAAAUUUUUUGUUAGUUUCCGAAAUAAACGACAUCAAGAGCUUCCCAGAGGAAUUCGUAAUUUAUACUGUCGAGAUUUGUUUAACCUCGUUGUGAAAUAUGAGUGACAUUAUUUUAUAUUUUUUGACAUUAUUUAUAUUUUUUAGUUAUAUCUCGGAUUAAUUUAGUAAAAAUUAAUCUCGGAGAGGGCCAAUUUUAUACGUAACAUUCUUGCAACCACGCCGAUCGCGGUUUGCCUCGAGAAUCUCGCACGCACUCGAACCAAUAUUCUCACCAUCUAUGCAUACCCUACUGAUGUCAACUAAAUACGGAAUAAUCCCUAUUUAAGACUUUAGGCUAACGGAUAUCUUAUCUUGUCGGUGUUGUCUUAUCGAUAUUGUCUUGCCUCGUCAAUAAUGCCGUACUUGUAGCAUAAUCUCAGUAACGGUGUCGGUCCUUGAUAAUCUAAAAUCUUAUCAUUAUUUAAUUAGUAGUUAACGUAUCGUGACAAAGAUAUUUUACUGCUGAAUAAUUUUGCGCAACAAUAUCUGCUAUAUCUAGGUCAUUAAAUCGAUCGCGUGAAACUUAUUUCGUAACCUUAAUAUACUUCUCAAUUUAUCAAGCGUGUUUACGUCGUCGUGUACAACGCAUGAGAGAUAAAAGAGCACAUUAUCGCUCUGAAUAUUACCGUGAAAAAUAUUAUUUUUUAUUAAGACCGCGUCUCCCGCGUCAAUCACUACAUCGACUCGAUUAUAGUUAGUUUUCUAUCGUCCGCGCUAUAUUUUAUUAGCGAUAUGAGUUAUCAGUUACGAGUUACCAGUCUGUCAACAUGAUAAUCACGUGUAGCAGCUGGAACUAUACAAUUUCCUCGGGAACGAUGCUCUACAGAGAAGUGCUGUACUCUUCAUUUUCGAUUUGCUUUGUGCCGCGAACGAUCUUCCCGUCUCUUCCCCUUUCCCCACCCUCUCUCUCUCUCUGUUCAAUGGUACAAUAGCCCGCGGAUAUCCUGUAUUUUACGUUUUCUUAUUAAAAAGAGCUAAAGAGAGCCCGAGCGCGCUCGGCCGCGGGCAAACAAUUAAACUUCUUCCUUCUAACAACGAUACGCGCAACGGAUGAUCGUUUGUUUGGCCGCGAUGCGUUUAGUGCGAUUACUAAUGCAACUGCAGCAGUAUUAUUGGGCACUCGCCGGCCGCUGUUUGCGCAACUGCCAGGCCCGCACGUGUUAUUCUGCAUUUAUCUUCGCAUGAACUUAUUGUUUCAAGUGUCACGUGGAAUCGUGACGGUCACAGUUAGUGCGCGGAUGCAUUGGCCAGUAGUGACAGUUAUUAAGAGGGAGCGAUAAGACGCAAUCUCUCUUUCGCUCCCUCUUUUUCUCUCUCUCUCUCUUUCUCUCUUUUUCUCUCAGCAACCCGGAGAAAUCGCGCCGAGCAACUUGACUGGCGCGCACUCCCGGACACGGAUUGUCAGUGUGGAAGUCGAGGUUGAUAGUUUAUUUUACGCGCAUCACCGAUCGAUAUGCUAUCUACCGCCGUUUUUUUUGGCUAACCGAACGCGUCUCGGAGAAUCGCACUUUUGCGGGACCCCAUGGGAAAACGAAGACAGUGAACGGAAUUAAACAGACAACCUAUCGCGUCAACCUAUGCUGCGUUAUCAAGAACAUACGUAAACUACAGAGAGACAGCGCAACGAUCGAUCGUCAGACUUGUCUUUUCUCGUCAACGUCUCCAGAUCUCUCUCAGUCUUGUUACUUGGUCUCCGGUGGUCUUCCAACGUCGCGAUGAAGAUCUACGACUGUGACGGGCCGGACAACAAGAUCCUGUAUCUCAGACAACUACUGACUGCCUUGGCACCAUUGCUAGGAGUCACCACAUCGGGCAUGUCCAACGGUUACAGCGCGAUUUUGCUGCCGCAGCUCAAGUUGGCCGCGUUCAACGGCAGCGACGACUUUUCGUCGAAUACGAGUGCGAAUGCGAGUACGGAUAACCUGGGGACGCUGAGCAUCGACCAGGAGUCAUGGAUCGCGGCGGCCGCGGUGCUGCCAAUGGCGCCGGGCUGUUGGACCGGCGGCGUCUUGGCGGAGAGACUGGGUCGGAAAAUGUCGAUGCUGCUGUCGUUUCCCGUCUUCUUCGUCGGCUGGCUAAUCAUCGGCCUCGCCGGCAGCGUAGAGACCUUGGUGGCCGGCAGGCUGCUCAUCGGCUACUGCGUGGGCAUACUCGCGCCCAUCGUGCCGAUCUACGUGAGCGAGACCAGCGAUCCGUUGUUGCGUGGCAUUCUACUGGGGGCGAUCAGCCUGACCCUCUCCAUGGGCAUAUUGGCGUGUCACGCGAUGGGAACUUGGCUGCAUUGGCGGACCACCGCGUACGUCUGCGGCGCGAUGACGUUGGUCUGCUGGGUCAUCAGUUUAUUCUCGCGGGAGAGCCCGAUGUGGCUGCUCGGCAGAGGCGAGCUCGAGCGGGCGAGGCGCUCGUGGAUAUUCUUACGUGGCGAGCACUGCCUCGAGGAGUUCGUUCUGUUGGAGAACUCCAGGCUCGCGGACUCCAAGCAGGAGCAAGCCAACAAGCGGUCGCUGUUGCGUUCUCUACGGAAGACUUGGUCUUCGCGAUAUUUCCUCAAGCCUCUCGCCAUCACCUGCCUAUAUUUCUUCACCACGCAGUUCGCGGGUGCUAAUGUCAUGAGCUUCUACUGCGUGGAGAUGUUGGCGGACGUUUCAGGACUGACCAACGCGUACCUUAUCAUGCUAGUGAUCGACGUGAUUCGUCUGAUAGCCGGCGUGAUUGUGUGCGUGCUCAUGAAGUCAUGCAACAGACGCGCGAUGACAUUCCUGUCCGGCUUCGGCGUGGCAGCCACUAUGUUAGCGUUGGGCGCGUGUCUGGCGUUUGAAAUCGGAAAACCGUGGAUGCCCGUGGUCCUGCUUCUCAUGUACAUCGCGUUAGUGCAGUUGGGACUAGUGCCCUUGCCGUGGCUACUGUGCGGUGAGCUGUUCGCGAGGAAGUUUCGCGAGCUCGGUUCCGGGCUCGCGUCCGGCUUUGGUUUCUUCUGCUUCUUCGUGGUGAUCAAGACGACACCGGCUAUGAUGGAGCUCAUCCAGCCCGAGGGCACGUUCGCCGUUUACGGCUGCGUGGCGCUGAUCGGGACCGGCAUUUUGUACUUCAUCCUGCCCGAGACCAAGAACAAGACUCUGCAGGAGAUCCAAACGAUCCUCGACAAGAAAUCGCGCACGCUCGUGAUACAAAACACGGACAUUCCGAUUCUCAAGUACGACAGUAUCGAAAAAAGCAAGAGUCUGGAGAAGGACGUGAUAUCUGAUAAAUGAUGACUGUUUAAUAUAUAGUUGUUUGCUCAUCAAGUUUGCGAUACUUUCUUCUUCACGGAUUUAUAGACGAGUUUAACGAAACUGGCGAACCUCUAUGCAUGAGUUCGCGUAUUUGUGAAAGGUUUCAGAACUGUCAGAUGUUUUAAUACGAGAUGUAUACAAAUAACUUAUAUUCUUAUUUUUAAGCAAGAGUAUUUUCUAAGAUAUAAAAUCAGUGUAUUCUUCACUGAAAUACUAUUAUACUUAUAACUGCUGAUUCAGUACUGCAAUCAGUAAAAUCUCGCUGAAAGGAU